CCUCAAUUCGAGGUGAAGUGUCUGCCCAAAUGUAUUGGGAAGCUGACCAAGUUCACUGUUGUGUUGUCGUCCUGGUCUGGAACCACCACAAUGCGAUCCACAUGUACCAGAUCAGUGCAGAUGGGUAUUUCACCGAAUCGGUGUAUCUGGCGACGCCGCAAAAUCGGCGCACACGUUCACAGCCUGCAGCAAGAAUAAACAAAUAGGCCGGACGAGGUAAAUAUAAAGGACUUGACGUGUGGGACCUAGAUACAGUGGGG